CAAUUACGCAUGCGCACUGUUUACACUUCCGUGUUUGGAUGUUUUCCAACAAAUUUUCAAUAUUUUAUAAUUUUAUAUAGAUUUUCAAAUUGCAAGACAAGUGUUGAUAAUUCAGACUGACAAUACUUUGGAUUACAUACAAUGGAUUUUAAAAAUUUAAUAGAAGAGGCUGAAACGUGGAUAAAAGACAAGACACCUGAUUUCAAAGUUUUGUCCAAUGAUCCAGAUGAGAGAAAAAUUACUUUCUCUUUGACAUAUUCAGAGACCAAGACUUUUUAUGUUGUUUGUCCUUUAAAAAAGGAGCAAGGAUGGCAUGUAUGGAGUACAAAUGAAGAUAUCCUUUGCUCAAUGCAGGACACACAGGAUUAUGUUCUCAGUGAGAGACAGAAGACAAUCUCAGACAUUCUAGCUCGAGUUCAAAAAGAUGUCAAAGAGCCUCCACCAGUUGCAGCAAAAGAAGAUGAAAGUGAUGACGAUGGCUGUUGCCUUGACGAUGAUUGUGAUGAUGAAGAUGAUUUGGAUGAUUAUUAUAAUGAAUUAGAUGUGGAUGCCACAACAGAGGUUGUUAAAAAAAAAGAUCCUGAGGAAGAUUCUGCAGAUGCAUACUUCAUGGGAUCAGGAAGUCCAGCAGCUGUACAAAGGCUCGUUAAAGAUUUAAAAAACUUAAAAACAACGAAUGGCAAGUUUGGUGUUCGUGGAGAACCAAGGGGCAACAACUUAUU